GUUUCCAAUAUGGACAGUUAAUACUACUCAAGAAAUAGGGAGGGUGAUCUGCAAAGUGGAUAUAAUGAGAAAUAUAACCAAGGAUGCCGUGUACUUCAACAGAUCUCAUGAGGACCCGCAAACGAAAGCGCGAACAAACAACCUCCUGGAAGGAUUAUUCGAGCAGACAGACGCAAGUGUAAUGUAUGUUGGUGGCCCAGACAUGACCAAGAAUGUUAUCGAGCAGUUGGAGUAUGCGAGCAACGGCAGCGAGUGUGGAGUGUUUUUAGUUCGUUACACUGCUGGAAAUAAUACAGGAAGCGGCUUGUGGCGCGAACUUCGCGUUAGAGCAAGAAAUGGACAAGUACAGCCAAAGAGGACUGCUUGCAGCAUUUUCCUGGGGAAAGAUACUAUGUUUUGUAUAACAGUACAUGCCCAACCCCCGCGAUGAUGAGCGGCUAGAGCACGAUUCUGCGUGGCUUUAAAUCUAAGAUUGACAUGUGUGCUCAGAUUUACUGUCAUCAUUGACAGAUAUCACUAUUCUACCAAAAAUAAAUUUUU